CGCCGCGUCUCUCUGAAUGCUGAAUACUUCACUUCAACCAACCAAACAUAGCAAUACAUUUGUAUUACUCUUUGUGGUUCUAACCUCUAACACUCUCUUCUUCUAUUUCUCUUUCUUUUGGUUUUUUUUUUUGUCACCACAUUCUCUUCAACCAACGUAACGUGUCGUCGACUCACUGAUUCAUUCACUCGUUGCUUUUUAGUUUAGACGGAAGCUCCAUGGAUCCUACACGAGCUUUUGUCAAAAGUGUUAAACGUGUUGUUGUUAAGGUCGGAACUGCAGUGGUUACUCGAAGUGAUGGUAGAUUAGCAUUGGGAAGACUUGGAGCUCUCUGUGAGCAGCUUAAAGAGCUAAAUACAAGAGGAUAUGAGGUUAUAUUGGUAACUUCAGGUGCAGUUGGUCUUGGCAGGCAAAGAUUAAGAUAUCGCAGAUUGGCCAAUAGCAGCUUUUCUGAUCUUCAAAAUCCACAAUAUGAACUUGAUGGCAAAGCAUGUGCAGCUGUUGGACAGAGUAGUCUCAUGGCUCUCUAUGAUAUUAUGUUUAGUCAGCUUGAUGUGACUUCAUCCCAACUUCUUGUGAAUGAUGGAUUUUUUAGGGAUACCGAUUUCAGAAAACAACUAACUGAUACCGUUCACUCGUUGUUGAAUCUAAGGGUCAUCCCUAUUUUCAAUGAAAACGAUGCUGUUAGUACUAGAAAGGCACCAUAUGAGCUUCUGCAGGACUCAUCUGGUAUCUUCUGGGACAAUGAUAGUUUGGCUGGUCUAUUGGCGUUGGAACUCAAAGCCGACCUUCUUGUUUUGUUGAGUGAUGUCGAGGGCCUCUAUAGUGGUCCUCCGUCUGAUCCAAAAUCGAAGUUGAUUCACACAUAUGUAAAAGAAAAACAUCAAACCGAAAUUACUUUUGGAGAUAAGUCAAGAUUGGGAAGAGGGGGUAUGACUGCUAAAGUUAAUGCUGCUGUUUGCGCCGCUUAUUCUGGCACGCCCGUGAUUAUUACCAGCGGCUAUACUAAUGACAACAUCAUGCGAGUGCUUCAAGGAGAAAGAAUUGGUACGGUCUUUCAUAAGGAUGCUCACCUGUGGACUAGCAUAAAGGAAGUAACUGCACAUGAAAUGGCUGUUGCAGCACGCGACAGUUCGAGGAAACUUCAGAUUCUUAAUUCUGAAGAAAGGAGGAAGAUAUUGCUCGAUGUGGCUGAUGCAUUAGAGGAAAAUGAAAGUAUGAUAAGGAUUGAGAAUGGAGCUGAUGUUGCUGAUGCAGAGGAAGCUGGAUAUGAGAGAUCACUUAUAUCGCGUUUAACACUUAGACCUGAGAAGAUUGCUAGUCUUGUAAAGUCUGUUCGUAAGCUGGCGGACAUGGAAGAACCUAUUGGUCAGAUUUUAAAGCGAACUGAGCUAGCAGAUAAACUCAUUUUGGAGAAAAUAUCAUGUCCUCUGGGUGUACUUCUAGUUAUAUUUGAGUCUCGACCCGAUGCUCUUGUUCAGAUAGCUGCAUUGGCAAUUCGAAGUGGAAAUGGUUUAGUCCUCAAAGGAGGAAAGGAAGCCAAACGAUCUAACGCGGCCUUACACAAGGUCAUUACUUCAGCUAUUCCAGAUAAAGUUGGUGAAACACUUAUCGGGCUUGUGACUUCAAGAGAAGCAAUUCCUGAUCUGCUUAAGCUCGAUGACGUGAUAGAUCUUGUGGUUCCCAGAGGAAGUAAUAAGCUUGUUUCUCAGAUUAAGGAUACUACGAAGAUUCCUGUUCUUGGUCAUGCAGAUGGAAUAUGUCAUGUAUAUGUUGACAAAGCUGCUAAUAUGGAUGUAGCAAAGCAGAUUGUUAGGGAUGCAAAGACUGAUUAUCCUGCCGCCUGCAAUGCAAUGGAAACUCUUCUUGUGCAUAAAGAUCUGUCGGGAAAUAAUGGACUCGAUGAACUUGUUGCUGAACUCCAACGAGAAGGUGUUCAACUAUAUGGUGGACCAAAAGCUAGUGCCUUGUUAAAAAUUGCUGAAACAAAAUCUUUCCAUAUGGAGUAUAGUUCACUGGCUUGUACAAUCGAAAUUGUCGAUGACGUAUUUGCUGCAAUUGACCAUAUACAUGAAAAUGGAAGUUCUCAUACUGAUUGCAUUGUUACGGAAGACAGAGAAGUUGCUGAAACUUUCUUACAUCAAGUGGACAGUGCUGCUGUAUUCCACAAUGCAAGUACGAGGUUUUGUGACGGGGCACGAUUUGGGCUUGGCGCAGAGGUUGGAAUAAGCACGAGUAGAAUUCAUGCCAGAGGUCCUGUAGGAGUUGAGGGCUUGCUAACAAAUAGAUGGUUAUUGAGAGGGAAUGGGCAGGUGGUAGAUGGUGAUCGAAAUGUGACUUAUACGCACAAGGAACUUCCGGUACAAGCAUAAUAAUAGCUAUGCGAUGAGUUGAAUCAGAGAUUUGUUUCACAUUUUAAGGAACAUUUUCAGGGCAAAGAAAAUUACUCUUUGAAUAAGAGUAUUAUUUGGCUGUGUACUAAGUUUCUCUUUGAUAAGUUACUGCUUAAGAUUGUGAUCAGCAAUGCAGUGACAGAUAUAGAUAUCUAUAGAGCCAUCUGAAACAGUACUUCCUUGUGUAGUUGAAUAAUCAUACAUUUAUCAUUCUUCUAUUAGUAGAGUUCUAUCGUUUAAUUAUGAAAAUCACAAGAUUAAACUAUCGAUGGAAACUACGAGUGAACAGC